AGAUCAGAUUCCAGAAUGAAGUUCAUCGUUUUCCUUGCUCUUUCCUUGGCUGUGAUGUGUCUGGUGCAGGCACAGCCUCUGGCCGAGGAGCCCAUCGAGGAGGAUGUGGCCAAGCCCCUGGUCCAACUGAUGGAGCAACCCGUCCAGGAUGUCGAUGUCCCCGAGCACAGUCGCCAGAAACGGGCCACCUGCGAUCUGCUUUCGAAAUGGAACGUAAAGCACACGGCCUGCGCCGGCCACUGUCUUGCGAAGGGCUUCAAGGGUGGCUACUGUAACAACAAAGCAGUGUGUAUUUGCCGUCGUUGAUGCUGAUUCGGAAUGUAUUUUAAUCAGACAUUAUGUACACGCUUGGAAAUAAAGCUCAGAGAACAUUGAAAUCGUCAA